UAACAAGAUUUGACAAAAGCCAUGGUUUGGUUAUGAGGAAAAGUCCUUAUUAUUUUUAAUUAUAAAUGACUAAAUAAAAGCAUUAUAAAAUAAGAUGAAUCGACUACUUUGUAUGAAUAGGUGUUUUUAUAAUUUGCGGCAAAACCGAGUCCUUAAUCUGGUGCCAACUUUAUUAAUUCCGGCGAAAAUUAUACCCAAUGUUUGUGUUAGUCGGGGAAUAAGUAAUGAACGGAAAAAAAUAAGAUCAACACUUAAUUAUAUGAUAGCUCUUGGUAUAGCGACUGUGGGUUUAAGUUACGCAGCAGUGCCGCUUUAUAGAAUAUUUUGUCAGGCAUACAGUUAUGGUGGCACAACAGGACAAGCAGAGCCUGCGGAGACAGUCAGCAACAUGAAGGCAGUGCAGGAGCGGCCAAUCAAAGUGCGCUUCAAUGCUGACGUAGCAUCUUCUAUGCAGUGGAACUUCAAACCACAACAAAGUGAUAUUACAGUUUUGCCCGGAGAGACAGCGCUUGCAUUCUACACAGCACGCAACCCAACAGAUAAGCCUGUUGUAGGUAUUAGUACAUAUAAUGUCAUCCCGUUUGAAGCCGGCCAGUACUUCAACAAGAUACAGUGCUUCUGCUUCGAGGAGCAGAUGUUAAAUCCACAUGAACAGGUAGACAUGCCAGUGUUCUUCUACAUUGACCCCGAGUUCACAGAAGACCCCAAGAUGGAGUAUGUUGAGGAGAUUGUGCUCUCUUACACAUUCUUUGAGGCCAAGGAAGGUGUCAAGCUGCCGAUACCAACCUUUGUGAAGUAAAACAGGUUGUACAAGAUAGUGAAAUAUUCAUGAGACUAUGACAGUGAAAAUAUGUAGUUUAAUUUGUGCAGUAUUUAAGAGUUAGGUUAUUUUUAGGCACAAAUAUUGAACU